AACAUAGAAGUGCUAAACACAGAAGCUGAAUAAACCAUUUUGUUCAAAGCAAAGAAAGCUGAAUAAUUCACAGCCAGAGACUGAACCAAACAACAGCAAAAGAAAUGCCUCCAAAGAGCAGCGCCGCCACCAUCUCCGCCGCAAGAAGCACACUUCCAUCAUGCUCAGUCGCAUCUCUCAUAAUCAUCUUCAUCCUCAUUUCCCUUACUUCCAUAACCCUUUUCUCAUUACUCUCAUCUAAUCCUACAAAACAAUCUUUUCAAAAUCUCCACAAUACUCUUCAAUCUUCUCAAAAUACCCACCUCAAAGUAUACGUAGCAGACCUCCCUAGAUCUCUCAACUACGGCCUUCUUGACCAAUAUUGGUCCAAUUCCAAACCCGAUGCCCGAAUUAGCUCCGACCCAGAUCACCAUCCCCAAAUGGAACCUGCCCAUGUUCCAAAUCACAAAAAAUUCCCUCCUUACCCUGAAAACCCAUUGAUUAAGCAGUACAGUGCAGAGUACUGGAUCAUGGCUGAUCUUAUGACCCCUCAGAAUUUAAAGUAUCAAUCAUUUGCUGAAAGGGUGUUUGAUCCCGCCCAAGCUGAUGUUAUUUUUGUGCCUUUUUUUGCUACUUUAAGUGCUGAAAUGGAGCUUGGUAGAGGGACUGGUAGUUUUAGGAAGAAGCAAGGGAAUGAGGAUUAUAAACGGCAGAGGCAAGUUAUUGAUUUUGUUAAAAAUUCGGAUGCUUGGGAACUGUCUGGUGGUAAAGAUCAUGUCUUUGUUCUUACAGACCCAGUUGCAAUGUGGCAUGUAAGAGCUGAGAUAGCGCCGUCCAUUCUCCUGGUGGUAGACUUUGGCGGCUGGUAUAAGCUUGACUCUAAAUCAUCCAAUGGGAACUCAUCUGAUAUGAUACAUCAUACUCAAGUUUCGUUGCUGAAAGAUGUAAUUGUUCCAUACACACAUCUGCUUCCUCGAUUGCAAUUGUCAGAGAACAAGAAACGUGAUACCCUUCUUUACUUUAAAGGCGCCAAACAUAGGCAUCGGGGAGGCUUGGUUCGUGAACAAUUGUGGGACUUGUUGAUAAAUCAGCCUGGGGUCAUUAUGGAAGAAGGCUUUCCCAACGCCACAGGGAGAGAGCAGUCAAUCAGAGGGAUGAGGGCAUCAGAGUUCUGUUUGCACCCAGCAGGGGACACGCCCACUUCUUGCCGACUUUUUGAUGCCAUCCAAAGUCUCUGUAUUCCUGUUAUUGUCAGUGACAAUAUUGAGCUCCCAUUCGAGGGAAUGGUAGAUUACUUGGAAUUCUCAGUUUUUGUGGCAGUUAACGAUGCCUUCAAACCAAAUUGGCUUGUGAGUCAUCUUAGAGGUAUAUCUGAAAAGCAGAGGGAUAAUUUUCGUCGUAAAAUGGCUGAAGUUCAGCCAAUUUUUGAGUAUGAUAAUGGUCAUCCUGGAGGUAUUGGAGCAGUUCCUCCAAAUGGUGCAGUGAAUCAAAUAUGGAAAAAGGUCCACCAGAAGGUGCCCAUGAUUAAGGAAGCCAUUGUUAGAGAGAAGAGGAAACCAGCAGGCGUAACGGUUCCUUUGCGAUGCCAUUGUACGUAAAAGUAAUGACACCUCUGUUCACUUUUAUUAUCCUCUUGUACAAUGUUUUUCAAGACAAUGCGAUUUCUCUUUAUGGCCGAUCAA